GCGCAAAGACCGACACAGCAGAGCAGAGCAGAGUACAGCACAGCACAGCACAGCGAUGGACGCUUUCGCUCUUAAACUGGAUAUCACUGAGCUUUAAUAACAGAAAUAUAAACGCAGAUAUAGUGGAGCGACUGGGGGGAUUUUUCCUCGAGAGAAAUUUGUGGAUAUUUUCCCUGAAAACCACCGAUUUCUCCUUGUUCGCACUGAGCUUCACUAACGCUAGCAAUAUUAGCCGGCUAAGCUAGCUACUUUAUGCUAACCUUAAACCUGACAGGCUACGAAUGAGCAAAUGUAGCGAACUGUUCGCGUUGUCUUUUUGUUUUUUAGAAUAAUCAUUUUUAAAAAAUUAAAAACAUAAAGAAAUUCACGCGUUCAUCAUUGAGUCAUCGUCUGGACAGAGAUAUUAUUCCGCCAACAAAGUUUCGACGCUUUGCUGUGUGUGAAGUUUGGAAAAUAAUCCCUCGGUAAGCGCGAAAGGCAGAGUGGCGCUGAAGGGGGCGCUGCCGCUGGGACGCUGCUGCUGUGGGUCCUGGAUGAAUUUAGUCGGUUUUAUGAGACACGGUGAACAUCUGGGCGCUUUGCUGGACCUUGUGGCUCUGAUGUGAGCAGGAUGGGCUCUCAGGGCAGCCCGGUCAAGAGCUACGACUACCUGCUGAAGUUCCUGCUGGUAGGAGACAGUGAUGUGGGGAAAGGAGAGAUCCUGGACAGCCUGCAGGACGGAUCUGCCGAGAGUCCCUACGCCUACAGCAGCGGAAUCGACUACAAGACCACCACGAUCCUGCUGGACGGACGGAGGGUGAAGCUGGAGCUGUGGGACACUUCAGGCCAAGGCCGCUUCUGUACCAUUUUCCGUUCCUACUCCAGAGGUGCACAGGGCAUCCUGUUGGUGUAUGACAUCACUAACCGCUGGUCCUUUGAUGGGAUCGACCGCUGGAUUCGAGAGAUCGAUGAGCAUGCUCCUGGUGUUCCUCGGAUCCUGGUAGGGAACCGGUUGCACUUGGCGUUUAAGCGUCAGGUUCCCACAGAGCAGGCUCGCUCCUACGCCGAGAAAAACGCCAUGACCUUCUUUGAAGUGAGUCCGCUCUGCAACUUCAAUGUCAUCGAGUCGUUCACAGAGCUGUCGCGCAUCGUGCUCAUGAGGCAUGGCAUGGAGAAGUUCUGGAGGCCCAACCGAGUGUUCAGCCUGCAGGACCUGUGCUGUCGUGCCAUCGUCUCAUGUACACCGGUGCACCUGAUUGACAAGUUGCCGCUCCCCGUCGCCAUCAAGAGCCACCUGAAGUCCUUCUCCAUGGCCAACGGGAUGAACGCCGUCAUGAUGCACGGACGUUCCUACUCGCUGGCCAACAGCGGCGGUAGCAAAGGUAACAGCUUAAAACGUUCCAAAUCCAUCCGGCCGCCACAGAGCCCACCUCAGAACUGCACCCGCAACAACUGCAAGAUCUCCUAGCCUGGAACAGGCGGGGAGGAAGGAUCCAAACCCCGCCCCGAAACAUUCUCUUUGAACUCUCAGGAGGAUACAGAUCACAUCCGAUGCAGUCAGUCAUCCAACUACAACACUUACAGUAGACCUGCGCACAGAGCGAUCAGACGACCCCCGACACGUUGAGGUUCCUCACUCAGCUCUUUAAGCUUUGGUUCGUAAACAGCAUGUUUUUCAGUUCCUUAAAGCUUGGACAAAUUUGCCAGAGGUUUAGUUUUUCUCAGGCGAUGGAAGGCGUUUGAUAAACACGGCCACAUCAUGCAUGCUACACCACAACAUUUGAGAAGUGCGAACAAAACCAUGAACUGUACUAUGAGGUGGUGGAUUGCACACACUAUGGUGAGAAAGUGACUGCAUUUCAUUUGAUUUUCUUCUUUUACCGUCAGUGAUUUCUGGAACACCACACAUCACCUAGACCUCCUCCUCAGGGGCCUGUUCUUGCUUCGACUCCGUUUGAAAUCUGCCCGCCCCCCCUUUUUUUUUUUAAACAAACAUUGUCUUGCAUUGAAUUCUGUUUUUAUUGGAACAUGUCCCUGUCUGUAUUCAGCCCUUGUGCCAAACUGUCUCUAAUCUAAUCUCGCAUUGGUCAAAUUUUUGGUUUAGGUUAAAAGAAUACUCCGGUGCUUUUGAGUCUGAUCUUUCUGGCUCUAUCUAUAGUGUAUGUGUGAUUUCCCAUCGAUAACAAGUUUCAACACAUUUCCCUGGAUUAAAAGACUCUCAGUGGAAGUCUAAGAGCAGGUCCGAACUGUUCUUGAGUUAAAUGCAUGCGAUCCAUAACUAUAAACAGGAAACUCUGACCAGUGCUGCGGUUAUAGAUCAGCUGGAGUCAUACAAUAAAAAGUAGUUCCAGUUACCUCACGCUUUAGUCGUAUCAGAACGACACACCCUAUUCACAAAUUCCUCCCUCUGAAAAAGAACAAUAAUUCUCCACAGUUAAAGCUUUGCUUACAUUCUGCGAGACUCCUCAAUUAAUUCAAAUAUAUGUAUGUAUGUUUGUUUUUCCCCCCCUCAGUGCAGGGAAUAGUGUUGAUUCUUGUAAUAGUCACACACGCAUUAUCACUGUGGGAGGAAAAAGCACUGGAGUUUUCCUGAAAUGCACUGGAUCAGUUUGAUGCGUUUUAUCUUCAUGUCCUCAUCAGUCCCGUGAUUUCAGUUUCUGGAGCAGUGUUGCGCUUAAAAUCGGUUUUCUUCACAAAGCAUGGCUUCCGAAAAACACAAAGAUGGCGGUUGCUCAAUUGAUUUAAAAACCUUAGAGUGGAAAACAUUAAGCACAAAACCAAUAUCAGUACGACUUUUUUUUUUUUAAAGAGCAAUCAGAAAUUGACCCCCACAACAAAUGUGCUCCAAAUUAUCUCAUCUCAUUAUCUGUAGCCGCUUUAUCCUUCUGCAGGGUCGCAGGCGAGCUGGAUCCUAUCCCAGCUGACUACGGGCAAAAGGCGGGGUUCACCCUAGACAAGUCGCCAGGUCAUCACAGGGCUGACACAUAGACAACCAUUCACACUCACAUUCACACCUACGCUCAAUUUAGAGUCACCAGUUAACCUAACCUGCAUGUCUUUGGACUGUGGGGGAAACCGGA